AUGAAGCCCCCCUCAGCCCAUGCCCGCAGAGGGUGCAUCCCCUGGGACGGGCUCCUGCUGGCAGUCUCACUCGUAACCUUCUGGAACCUGCCCACCACUGUGCAACUCACUAUUGAAUCGGUGCCCUUCAACGCUGCAGAAGGGAUGGAUGUUCUUCUACUGGUCCACAAUGUGACAGGGGAUCUUCUAGGCUACAGCUGGUACAGAGGAGAAAGUGUAGAGAAAAACCAACUAAUUGCAACAUUUAGAAUAGACGUUAGUACAAAUGCCACUGGGCCUGCACACAGCGGUCGAGAGACAAUAUACCCCAAUGGAUCCCUGCUGUUCCAGACCGUCACCCAGGACGACACAGGAUACUACACCCUGCGCAUUAUAAAGAAUGAUUUACAGACUGAAAGUGUAACUGGACAACUCCACGUAUACCCGGUGUUACCCAAACCCGUCAUCACCAGCAACAACUCCAACCCCAAGGAGCUGGAGGACACUGUAGUGUUAACAUGUGGCCCUGAGACUCCGAACACCUCCCACAUGUGGUGGAUCAACAAUCAGAGCCUCCCCAACAGCACCAGGCUGGAACUGUCUGAGGACAACAGGACUCUCACUUUAUUCCAUGUCACAAGGAAUGACACAGGACCCUAUAUGUGUGAAACUCGGAACCCAGUGAGUGUCAGCCGCAGUGACCCAUUCACCCUGAACGUCAUCUACCCAGCGGCACAGCCCUCCAUCGAAGCCAGCAACACCACAGUCACAGAACAUGAGAAUACCGUGGUCCUGACCUGCCACACAAAUGACACUGGGAUCUCCAUAUGCUGGUUCUUCAAUGGCCAGAGGCUAGUGCUCACAGAGAGGAUGAAGCUGUCCCCAGACAACAGCACCCUCACCAUCAACCCCGUCAGGAGGGAGGAUGCCGGGGAUUAUCAGUGUGAGGUCUCCAACCCGGGCAAUUCCAGCAAAAGUGACCCCCUCAGGCUGGAUGUGAAAUUUGAUUCAACACAAGGAAGUUCUUCUGGCCUCUCAGGUGGUGCUAUUGCCGGCAUCGUGAUUGCAGUCCUGGCUGGGAUAGCUCUGACAAAAGCCUUGGUGUAUUUUCUGUACCUCAGAAAAACUGCAGGGGCAAGUGACCAGCGAGACCUCAUGGAGCACAAAUCCUCAGACCACAACCAGAGUGAGGGCCACUCUGACAAUUCACCUAACAAGAUUGACGAAGUUGCAUAUUCUGCCCUGAACUUCAAUGCCCAGGAAUCAAAGAAACCAACUUCAGCCUCCCCAUCAGCCACAGAAACAGUUUAUUCAGAAGUGAAAAAUAAGUAA